ACACAAAAAUGACCAACCAACCUACCACUCAAGUCACCAUCACCACUGAGAUAGAAGAUGAAGAGGAGGAGAUCUCGGAGGGUAGCCACUAUCUCACCUCGCGCUCGGCAAGAAACAUGAAUGCACUCAGCGAAGCGUUCCGCGACCACGUAGGAGCCGUAGGGGACUUUAUGACCGGGAGAUUGUGCAGAAUAGCAGGACAAGUGGAAGAGGCUGAGAGGGAAAGCACUAGGUUGCGGGAACUAUGCAACGAUCACGAAGCGGAGAUCUCAAGCCUCAAUAGCAAGGUGUAUGGUCUAGAAAGAGAAGUGUUGGAAGAACAGUCCACCAGCAAUGCAAAAGACCUAGAGAUUGCCAACCUCAACUACCAAGUUAGUGUUCUAGAGGGACGUGAGGAGACCCUACGCAUGGAAUACGACCUCCUGCGCAUGCAAGUGGACUAUGGUGAUCUUAAAGACACCUGCGAGAAAGGGACGCAAGUGUCACACCCUGCCAGCAACGCAAAAGACUUAGAGAUCGCCAACCUUAACCACCAAGUCAGCGCUCUAGAGGAACGUGAGAAGACCCUGCGCACGGAAUACAACCUCCUGCGCGUACGCUACACCGAUCUUAUGGGUCAAGCGUCACAGCCAAACGAGGACCCACGGGACGCGGACCAACCCAACAGCAACUACGAGUUAGGGUACAGCGCUGCAGUACGUACGUACCAACCAAUGCUACUGGAGCUAGACGCUCAAGUGCAUAAGUUCAUGGGAAGCAACAUGAGAGAGAAGUCCCAGAGAAACCAACUGCUGAAAAAGCUCAAACGUAUCCGCAACAGGUACAAGGAUAACACCCGCAAACGGCGAAAUGUGGACCAACACCAAGAGACUGAGUGA